AGAGAGAUGCAUGUGACACAAGCAAACAAGAAAAGGAAAAGAAACAGCAGGGAAGCAUGUGACACAAACAAACAACUUUCAAAUGUCGUAGCAUGUGAAUCCUAAAGUUCCAUACGUUUCAUAUUCUUCCUUUAUAAUGUAGUAGCAUGUUUAGAAAAUUGUAUUCUCCAAAUUGUGCCAAACGGUUUCUUUCUCUCUUUUUUUGCUGCAUUGUAAAAUUCAAAUUGUGCCAAACGUUUUCUCUCGUUUCAUAUUCUCUCAAACUAUUUCUCUUUUAUCAUCUCUCUCUUACCAUUUCACUUUCAAAUGUCUUCUUCUUCUUCUUCACAAAAUUUUGAAGAUAUUUCGGAUGAAGCAUUUGAUCAACUUUGGGACGAACAAUUCGAGAAACUUUACACUCACCAUGAAAAUCGUCAAGCAGCUGCAAAGUCCAAAAAAAAAGAGCUUACAUUGAAAGACAACGCGAACAAGGACACAUGCAGUUGUGGAACGAUUAUUUUAGUGAAGAUGCAACAUAUCCUUCUCACAUGUUUCGACGCCGUUUUAGAAUGAACAAGACUUUGUUCAUGCGAAUUGUUGAUCGACUCUCCGCUGAAAUUCCAUACUUUCAACAAAGAAGAGAUGCUACUGGAAGGUUCGGUCACUCUCCAUUACAAAAGGCAACAGCAGCAAUUCGUAUGAUGGCAUAUGGUUGCCCAGCUGAUGCAGUCGACGAAUACCUCCGACUUGGUGAGACCACCGCGCUUUUAUGCUUGGAACAUUUUGUACAAGGAAUCAUAGAUUUAUUUGGAGAAGAAUAUCUAAGAAGACCCACACCAGAAGAUCUUCAACGACUCCUUGAUACUGGAGAGGAGCGCGGAUUUCCCGGGAUGAUAGGAAGCAUCGAUUGUAUGCAUUGGGAUUGGAAGAAUUGUCCAACCGCUUGGAAAGGUCAAUAUACACGUGGAUCAGGAAAACCAACUAUUGUUUUAGAGGCUGUAGCUUCAGAAGAUCUUUGGAUAUGGCAUGCGUUUUUCGGACCUCCAGAUGGUAUUUAUCCAAACUGGGCUACUUUUGUCCAAUCUAUUCGAGAACCGCAAGGUCCAAAAGCAUCCUUAUUUGCUACAAAGCAAGAAGCUGUUCGUAAAGAUGUCGAGCGUGCUUUUGGGGUCUUGCAAGCUCGAUUUGCCAUUGUCAAAAAUCCAGCUCUUUUGUGGGAUAAAAUAAAAAUUGGAAAGAUAAUGAGAGCAUGUAUCAUUCUUCAUAAUAUGAUCGUGGAAGAUGAACGAGACAAGUACACUCUUACUGAUGUAUCAGUUUUCGAACAACCAGAAUCAAGCCGAAGUUCACAUGUCGAUUUAAACUUUUCAACACAGAUGCCUACAAAUCUCCAUAAUGUUAUGGGCAUGCUGACCAUUCGGAAUGAAGUCCGUGAUAACCAAAUACAUCAACGACUGAAAGCUGAUUUGGUUGAGAAUAUAUGGCAAAAGUUUGGAACUCCUCAAGAUUUCAACUAAUCGGUUUUUUCUCGUUCACGAUUUGUAUUUGUAUUAUUAAUAUGUUUUGUGUAAUAUUUAUUAAAACUUUUAUGUAUGCUUU